AUGUCAGGCUCAAUGGGUAAGUGCAAUGACGAGCAAUGACGAGCAAUGAACGACGGGACAGGAGGUUGCUACGCCAGAGCACAACAUGUUCCACCAUCUCGCGGGAGCUGAGAGAUGCUGUGAGACUGUAGCUCCCUCCUUGAGCUUCGAGCUGCUCUGGCAUGCGGAGAACAACCACAUCUGAUCCGUCGCCCAUGCACAAUACCAGAACACGUGCUGACUUCACAUAAAACAGAUCGUCCCAACAAGCCUUCUGCCAUCUCGCCCUCCACUACAGGCCCUCAGCCCAUCGUUCGCGCCGAGAAUGGCCGCGUAACUGCCUCGCUGCCAACCGGUGACAGCGUCGAAGUCCUCCUCUAUGGCGCCAGUGUCAUCUCCUGGAAGAGCAAUGGCAAAGAGCGUCUAUGGCUGAGCUCCGCCGCCAAACUCGACGGCAGCAAGCCCGUUCGGGGAGGUAUUCCUCUUGUCUUUCCUUGCUUUGGCCCACCACCAAAGGACCACGCAACCAGCGCUCUGCCUCAGCACGGCUUUGCGCGGAACAGCCACUGGGAGUACCUUGGCAAGAGCAGCAGUGAGAGUGGCACGCUCUCCAAGGGAGGAGACGACAGUGUGAAAUUGGACUUUGGACUCAGUGCUGCAAAUCUGAGCGCCGACGCGAAGAAGGCGUGGCCGUAUGAGUUUGGAUUGGCGUACUCUGUCACACUGGGCAAAGAUGGUUUGCAGACGAUGUUGAACGUGAGGAACCAGGACACCAAGCCAUUCGACUUCCAGAUGCUCCUGCAUACAUACUUUGCUACAGACGAUAUCUCGAAGACGGCUGUGACUGGUCUGGGAAGGUAUGUAUCCCCACAUCGAGGUCAUUGCACUCGCGUUUUUAGGUUUCUGACAUGGGAACAGCACAACAUACAUCGACAAGGUCCUCGAUGCAAAGGAGCACCAACAGCAAGACCACGAACUCAAAAUCACGGGCGAAGUCGACCGUGUCUACAAGAGCAUCAAGCAAGACACCACCUCCAUCGUGGUGGACGGGCAGCCACACUUGGAUGUCGUCCGCGACAACCUCGAGGACUCCGUCGUCUGGAACCCAUGGAUUGAGAAGGCAAAGGGAAUGGGUGACUUCGAGCCCAAGGACGGGUACAAGAAGAUGGUCAGUUAAAGAACCCACUACUGUACUGCACCCUCUGCAACCUGUCCAAGCUGACCGAGUAUUCAGAUUUGCGUGGAAGUCGGCGCCGUCAAUGGCUGGCAGAAGCUCGAGCCGGGCGAGACGUUUGAGGGUGGUCAGAUCGUCAAGUCCCACUGA